ACGUAGGCCCCGCCCCGCGUCCCACCCACUCACAGCCUGCGAUCCCUGUGAGCUCAGCUGCCGAGACCCGGGGAGACCCGGUUCCACGGUGUCCUGGGGCCCCAGUCCCACUCUCGGGCUGCCCUUCUCCUUGAAUGUUCUGGGUCAGGCGGGAUCCCUCAGCACCAGCAUGGCACCAGACACCUGCAGCUGCUCCCAGGCCGCCCUGCAGCAGAGGCUGCCCAUCCUGGCCUGGCUACCUAACUACUCCAUACAGUGGCUGAAGAUGGACUUCAUCGCUGGGCUUUCCGUGGGGCUCACAGUCAUUCCUCAGGCGCUGGCCUAUGCUGAAGUGGCUGGACUCCCACCCCAGUACGGCCUCUACUCUGCCUUCAUGGGAUGCUUUGUGUAUCUCUUCCUGGGCACCUCCCGGGAUGUGACUCUGGGUCCCACGGCUAUCAUGUCCCUCCUGGUAUCCUUCUACACCUUCCACGAGCCUGCCUAUGCUGUGCUGCUGGCCUUCCUGUCGGGGUGUAUUCAGCUGGCCAUGGGGUUCCUGCAUUUGGGAUUCCUGCUGGACUUCAUCUCCUGCCCUGUCAUUAAUGGCUUCACCUCUGCUGCCUCCAUCACCAUUGGCUUUGGACAGAUUAAGAACCUACUGGGCCUGCAGAACAUCCCCCGGCAGUUCUUCCUGCAGGUGUAUCACACCUUCCUCCAUGUUGGAGAGACCAGGAUGGGUGAUGCCGUCCUGGGUCUGGUCUGCAUGAUGCUGCUGUUCCUUCUGAAGCUGAUGCGGGACCAUAUGUCUCCUGUUCAUCCUGACAUGCCCCUCAGUGUGCGGUUCAGCCAGGGACUAGUGUGGACUGCCGCAACAGCUCGCAAUGCCCUGGUGGUCUCCUUUGCAGCCCUGGUUGCAUACUCCUUUGAGGUGAUGGGAUACCAGCCUUUUGUUCUAACCGGAGAGACAGCGAAGGGGCUCCCUUCUGUGCGGGCCCCACCCUUUUCAGUGACCACAAACAACAGGACCAUCUCGUUCACUGAGAUGGUGCAGGACAUGGGGACCGGGCUGGCGGUGGUGCCCCUGAUAGGCCUCCUGGAGAGCAUCGCCGUGGCCAAGUCCUUUGCUUCUAAGAAUAACUACCACGUUAACGCCAACCAGGAGCUGCUGGCCAUCGGCCUCACCAACGUGCUGGGCUCUCUCGUCUCAGCCUACCCAGUCACUGGCAGCUUUGGGCGGACAGCCGUGAAUGCACAGUCUGGGGUGUGUACCCCAGGAGGGGGACUGGUGACUGGUGUGCUGGUCCUGCUGUCUCUGUGCUACCUGACCUCACUGUUCUCCUACAUCCCCAAGGCUGCCCUAGCUGCCGUCAUCAUCAUGGCUGUGGCACCACUGUUCGAUGCCAAGAUUUUCAGGACACUCUGGCGAGUUAAGAGGCUGGAUUUGCUGCCGCUCUGUAUGACAUUCCUCCUGUGCUUUUGGGAGGUCCAGUACGGCAUCCUGGCGGGGACACUGGUGUCCCUGUUUAUCCUCCUGCACUCCGUGGCCAGGCCCAAGAUCCAGGUAUCAGAAGGACCGGUUCUUGUCCUGCAGCCGGCCAGCGGCCUGCACUUCCCUGCAAUCGAUGCCCUGCGGGAAGCAAUACUAAGCCGAGCCCUGGAAGCAUCUCCACAGCGCUGCACAGUCCUGGAGUGCACCCACAUCAGCAGCAUCGAUUACACCGUGGUGCUGGGGCUAGGUGACCUUCUGGAGGACCUGCACAAGCAGGGCAUCAUGCUGGCCUUCGCUGGCCUACAGGUGCCUGUGCUCCGCACCCUGCUGGCCGCUGACCUGAAGGGCUUCCAGCAUUUCACUACCUUGGAGGAAGCAGAGAACCAUCUGCAGCAAGAACCAGGGACCCAGCCCUACAACAGCCAUGAAGAUUCUGUCCCAGAGCACAAUGUGGCUCUGCUGAAGUCUUAAUCAGGCCACUGAUGGGUGUCUGUGGGAAGAGUAUCCAGAAGGUUCCUCUAGAAGAUCACUGUGAUUAGAUGCUGAUGUCACCCACUAGACUCACUAACAUGGCGGGGACGAGGAAAGGCUGUGUGCAGGUAGCCUGGGAAAAGAAGAGAGUGGUGUGGGAUCCCGGGGUGGGACUUGUGUCCUUUAGGGUGACUGGAGGGUCACCUUCCUGGAUGGGAACACUUCAGGGGAGACAGCCUGGAUAGAGCCUUCCAGAGUGUCAGGCCAAGUGAGACAGGAAAGGACACAGCGUCCGGCUUCUGGCAGGGGCAGGCUGGCACUGCUCCAGAUUCUGAGUUCCUACUUGAAGUCAGGCCCCACAGGGAAGGAGUCACACAGUAGGCAUCUCAAGAGUUGUGUCUGAUCUUGGUGUGGGGUCUAAGCUGAGGCUGAAGAAGAAACCAGAGUACGCCAGUCAGAUCUAUUUAAAAAUAAUUGUGUUUUAAAUGGAACUAGUAACUUUGGUAUUUUUGUAAAAAACAUAUAUAUACAAACUCAUCCUUCAGCCUGGCUGGUGGCCAGCACUUGGGAGUCAGAGGCAGGUGAACCUCUGUGAAAUCGAGGCCAGCCUGGUCUAUAUAGUGAGUUCCAGGCUAGCUGUGGCUAUAGGGAGACCCUGCCUCAAAAAAAAAAAAAAAAAAAAACCGAAAAACAAAACAAUUCAUCCCUCUGACCCACUGUCACCCACACCUGAAGUCCCUCUGCCCUGGACACAUGGGUUUCUAUCAGCAUGUGCACACAGUCACUGUUUACACGAACGGGGCUGCUUCGUAUGUGGUGCUCUGUGACCCAUCUUCAUUCUCUGUUAUUUAUUUUGAUGAUGGAUGGCAUUAAAAUGCAAGGUUUUCAUUUUA